UAUAGGGGAGGGGGGGGGGUUAAAGAAGGGCGUAUAACAAACAUAUAGAAGUUUAAAGGGUGAGGGAAUUAAAAAGAUGAAAACAGUAAGAAUAGACGCUCUAAGACCAGGAGAUCACAUAUUUUCUGAUAGGAAAUCACGUCUCUAUUUUCACCAUGGCAUAUAUGUGGGAGAUCAAAUGGUGAUUCAUCUGAUGGGACCAAGCAAGACUUACAACCUAAAACCCUGCCAAAGAUGUGGGUUCAAGCCCCAAGCAGGGAUCUUCAAAACUUGCCUCGAUUGCUUCCUCAAUGGCCACUCACUCUACCGCUACGAAUACGACGUUUCUUACUUAAAACUGGUUUUCAAACGCUCUGGUUCUUGCAGCAUUUGGGAUUGCAGACCGGCGAACCAAGUCGUCGAAACCGCCUAUCGUCUGCUCGAAGACAAGAGCUUCGGGAGCUACAAUUUUUUCCUCAACAACUGCGAGGACUUCGCGGUGUAUUGCAAAACGGGCAUGGCCAUGAGCAAUCAAACAGCAGGGUUAUUUGGGUUUAACUUGGUUGGUGCUGUUGGAUAUCAUGCUACCAAAGGGAUCUAUGAAGCCUUUACCAAUUAAAGAACAACUAAGGACUCAUCAGCCAUGAUUUAUGAAAUAAACAGCCACUUGAACUUGGGCUUUUGUGGUAUAAUAUAAAAAAAAAAUAUUAGUAGAGUAUUGCAAAAGUGUGUGAUGUGCUACUUUCCUAAACCUGUACAAAAACAUGCAAAUAAUACCAAUAAAAAUUAUGAAUAUAUUUUCACAUCAAAUACAAAUAA